AUGAAAAUUUUAGCGAAGAUUAUAAAUGCUUAAAUAAGCAAUACCUAGAAUGUAAAGAAGAAAAUAGAAAAGAGUGUAUUAGUAAGUCAUAUAACUAAUUUGCUUGUACUACUUUAAGAUGUGGCUUUGAAUUAGAUGGAGAGUUAGCAGAAAUAUAUGGAUCUUGUAUUUAAAGAUAAUGUAUUAGUGAUUCAGAGGAAGUUUAAAAAUUAAGUUUACAAACUUACUAAUGCUUAUAUGCUGCUAAAUAUAAUCCUGAAGACGAUCUAAAAAGAUUUUAGGAUUAUCAAUAAUUUUAAUAAGAAUUCGAAAAAGAAUUUGAAAAGAACUAGAAUGAAUAUAUUGAUGAGUUUUAUAAAGAAAUGA